GCAAGCUUAGCAUCAAAAGCGUCCUCUCUGGUGUGUCUUGUUUACUACCCCGUGUUCGCCGGUAUUGGCUUGGAUUUCUCACUUUCUCACUUUGAAAUAUUCGUUUGAAAUCGGUUGGAUUAAUAAUCAACAUGUCGAGUGAAGUGGCCGAAGUCGUGAGUGAAAACAACCAGCAUGAUGCUGCUGAAGCCAAAGGAAAAAAAGGUUUGGGGAAGAAAUUAACUGCCCUGGAACGGACAACUCAAGAAGGAGAAGCUCUGCUCAAGGAGAUGGGAUACCAAGAAGAUGGUGAAGAUCAAGGCAGGAGGAGAACGAGAUCUGGUGCGAGGCCAGCUGCUGUUGCGUCCCCACCCCCAGCCAAAAAGGAGAAGAAGACUCCCAAGAAGACUCCUAAAGCUACACCUGGUACCGGUCGCAGAGGCAGGCCCCCAAAGAAGACAGUCAACGACAGCUCAACAGAAAAUGAAGAUUCCGAGGUGAAGGAAGACGAUAAGGCAGAGGAGAAGGAAGAUGAGAAGGAAGAGGUCAGCAGCACAGAGGAAGCCAAAAGUGACACAAAACCAACCGAAGAGGCAGCCAAGGAGGAGAAGAAGGAGGAAAAAGAAGCAGAGAAGGAAACCAAGAAAGAAAACAACGAUGCUGCUGCUGUCAUUGAGCCUGUCAAGGAGAAAGAUAACCUUUUAGACAAAGAAGAAAGUAAAGCCUCAGAUUAGAAAAUAAGAAACACAAAAUAUAAAUGUAACUGCCAAAACCUCCUAUAACCCCGUAUCACCCCUUUUUAUAACAAGAACGAAAAAAUUGUUUUUUUUUUCACGAAAAAAAAAAAAAUAACAAGUACGGUAUUCGUUUAAAUGUUUUAACACAGACACAAAACAGAUUUUGGAAUAGCAAUUUGUGUUUUAUUUUUGGGGUCGUGUUUCUUAUUUGGUCUCUUUUUUAAUUUUCCCAACUGUGCCACAGUUAUAUUUUUUCCGGAAUUUUGGGGUAAUAAGUUCAUGGGCGUCUUUGGUUUUCUGGAGAGUAUUGGGAUGAAUGAAAGUGCAAAAGUUGCCCAUCACGAUGCAUCAGUUGUUUUUACCCAGAAAACCCCAAACACAUUUUUUUCACCUAACGCCAGUUUGUUUGUUAUCGUCAUCAUCUUUCCCCCCCCUGGACCAACUGAUUUGUAUUUCCCUCCCAUUCAUCCUGCACUGCGUGUGGUACCCCACCCCCUGAAUGCGAAAUACUAUUUGUCUUAGUAUUUUUUUUCUCAUCACCCACAAAUUCAUUCGAAUCAAUCGCAUUUGAUUUCAAAUAUGUGUGUGUCUUUUUUACUUAUCUGGCGGAAAUUUUCAGAAAGAUAAAUAUGAAAUACAACAAGUUUUUCAUGGCGA